GCAUGUCAUGCUUCCUUUGAAUCUUUUUCCGGAAGUGGACGUUCAGCGAGGAAGCGCGCUUCCGGCAGACGUCGUUUGCACGCCGUGUUCGACAUGGCGGCGGGACCAAUUUCGGAGCGAAACCAGGACGCCACGGUGUACGUGGGUGGCCUGGACGAGAAAGUGUCCGAGCCGUUAUUAUGGGAGCUGUUUCUGCAGGCUGGGCCGGUAGUGAACACGCACAUGCCCAAGGAUAGAGUGACCGGCCAGCACCAAGGAUAUGGGUUCGUGGAGUUUCUCAGUGAGGAGGAUGCCGAUUACGCCAUAAAGAUCAUGAACAUGAUAAAGCUUUAUGGGAAGCCCAUUCGAGUCAACAAGGCCUCAGCACACAACAAGAACCUGGACGUGGGGGCCAACAUCUUCAUUGGCAACCUGGACCCCGAGAUCGACGAGAAGCUCCUGUACGACACCUUCAGCGCCUUCGGCGUCAUCCUGCAGACCCCCAAGAUCAUGCGUGACCCCGACACCGGCAACUCCAAGGGCUACGCCUUCAUCAACUUUGCCAGCUUCGACGCGUCAGACGCCGCCAUCGAGGCCAUGAACGGGCAGUACCUGUGCAACCGGCCCAUCACUGUCUCCUACGCCUUUAAGAAGGACUCUAAGGGCGAGCGCCAUGGCUCAGCGGCUGAGCGCCUGCUCGCUGCACAGAACCCGCUGUCCCAGGCUGACCGACCGCAUCAGUUGUUCGCCGACGCCCCGCCGCCCCCAUCGGCGCCGACGCCGGUCCUCACUGCGCUCGGCGCUGGGAUCCCCAUGCCAGGCGUGCCCCCUCCCGGUGCGUUCCCUCCUGUGCCGCCCCCUGGCUCCAUGCCCCCAGGGAUGCCCCCAGGGAUGCCCAUGCCCCCAGCCCCAGGGACUCCAGGGCCUCAGGGUGGGGCAGGAGGCCCCCCCCCUGGGCCGCCCCCCUUCCCUCCUGCAGGCAUGCCUCCCCCAGGAAUGCCCCAGAUGCCCAUGCCCCCCCCUGGCCCGCCAGGGAUGGUGCCACCUCCUCCGGGUGCCAGCCAACACCGCGCCCCCCCACCACCGGGCAUGCCCCCCGCCCCGCCCAUGGGCAUGCCCCCGAGGGGCCCCUUCGGCCCCCCCAUGGGUCCCCCAGUGCAUCCUGGGAUGCGGGGACCCCCUCCCAUGCCCCCACCGGGAUACAGCGGGGGCCCGCCCCGGCCUCCUCCGUUCGGCUUUCAGAGGGGGCCCCCCAUGCCCCCGAGACCCCCUGCUCCGCCCCGGGGCCCUAUGAGAGGCCCAAUGCCCCCUUAGUCUCUGUAUUUUAUACUUUGAGUCUUUCUCUUGUCAGAAUCAGUCUGCUCCACAGCUUCCUAGUUUCUUUUAUUAUUUUUGUCACUGUACAGCAUUCGGACGUGAGGAAUAAAGCUUUUAAUAAAAAUUGGUCUCUUUUAUUAACUAGCUUUGAUAUGGACUUCCCUGGAUCAAAAUUUCAUUUGAGUUGUGAUGUUAUUCUUUAGAUAACUUUUUAAAUUGAACACCACUGGUAAUUUUAGUGACCUUUAAAAACAAAUGUAUUAUAUCACAGUAAAAUUACUCUCUUGGGACCAUAAACUAAGAUUGUGGUGACUAUAUUUUUUGAAUGAAGAUACUUAUAAUGUUUUUUUUCCCCUCUUUGAAUGUCUGGCAGGAGAGGUGGACAGAAACCAAAGCUGUUGUGCUUUUGGCGAUGAGAUUAAACUUUGUUUGACAU